CCCGACGGGGAGGUACAGCCAAUUUUGUCUCCGGAUGUCACUUUUUGUGGGCGGCCCCUCGUUGGGUUUGUUUGUGGCGCUGCCGCGGAACCCCAGCCGCAGGGGCGGGGCAGAGCCGCCUUUUGCGGCAGGGGAGGCGAGCGGAGUGCCCGGGGUGCGUGCGGAGCACCCAGCCGCGCCGGUACCCGGGGUCUCCGUGGGAUCCUGGCAGUGGAAAUGCCGCGGGAAGGUGCGAAUCCCGCUCACCCCGUUUCCGGGCGGCGGAACCCCAGCAGGAGCGCAGUCAGGACGGUUCCUUUUGCUGCCGAGCGGGGGGAGCGGGGGCUGCUGUCCCUGUCUCGGGCGGCUCAGCCGGUGCCGUCGCAGGCGCUCCCGCGUGCGGGAGUUUUGUGUCAGGAGUCGCUUCCCGAAGAGCGGCGGCGAUGGCGCAAAUCCUGCGGCCGCCUCGGGCAUGACCUGGCCUGCGGGGAGCCUUUUACCAGCCGUCCUCGUUAGUAUAGUGAUUUCUCUGCUUUCCGACGGAGCAAAACCAUUCGGUUUUGCGCGUGCGAACCAGCGCGAUCCUGUCCUUUUGAGGGCUGCCUGGGGACCACGCCAGGCUCUACCCUGCAGCGCGUCUCGGUGCCUCCCGCCCGGGGCCAGCGCAGCGCGGAGCGGGCGGGCGGGCAGGGCACGGAGCGCGGGCACGGGGAUGUAGCUCAGCGGUAGAGCGCAUGCUUUGCAUGUAUGAGGUCCCGGGUUCAAUCCCCGGCAUCUCCACGGGGUUGCUGCUCUUUUUCCUGCUUUUUGGUGAUGUUUUAUGCCGUCAAAGCAACCGCGUCACGUUAAGCAGCGGCAAACGGAGCGUGCGGCAGGAACGGGCACACAGCGGCACUUCCCAGCGACAAAAAGUGCUGGAUUUUUGGUUGUUUACAUUUGUUUUUCCUCAGGCCUGUGCAGACACACACGGCUUUUGGUCCCAUCUGUGCAGGAGGCACAAAAAGAAGGGCAGAGCAGCAAACCCCGAAACGCAGGGGGACAGUGGCCACUCAUGCCCGGCUGGCACUGCCACACCCCCAGCCUGGCAGAGGCGCAGCCACAGGGAGCUCAGGGGCUCUGCCCCACGUUCCCGGAGCCAGAGGGGAAGAACAGAGCCAGGACACUCAGGAGCAGCUCCUGGCUCCGCAGUGCCCGCUCCCUCCCCUGUCCUGUCCCCCCUGGCAGCGGGAGAGCUUGGGAAGAGCUCUCGGGAAACAAACCCCUCUCAAGGUUCUUUGUAAUUUCUUAUCUAAAACAUUCUCUGUCUGGCCUGCCAAGGUCUGUUCGGCUGGUCAAGCCAACACACACUGCCCUCCCACGGGGCUGGUGUUGUCUUUUAUACUACAAACUACAUAUUCGAUAUUUACAGUUGUGUUCCAAUACCUGUCACCUAUGUUAGACAGUGACUUCCUACUCCACACCAAUCCAAAUACGCUAACAUCACCAAGAAGAUGGAGGCUGGGAAGAAGAAGGAAGAAGGACAGGACAACGUCCAAAUCCCUCCAUCUUGUCCCCUAGACCCCCAUAGUAAAAUUCUUCAAAAUUCCACCGUU